CUGAGCUGCGCGUCUGCCAGUGCGCACCAGCGAAGCGAGAGGAGCGCUUGUUGGUGUCAUCCAGACAGCCUACUGGCAACGAGUGGAGAUUUCCUUUUUUUUUUUUUUCAUCCCUCUUUGCCUCAGUCAGGCUGGAUAUAGGCUGCUGUGCCUUAGUUUUUCUUCAGCUACACAUAAAAAUGCUUUUUGAACGUACAGUAAGCUGUGGCAUCAUUUCAUCCCAACUGGCUGCAUUUGCAACGGAUUCUUUUCUUAUUUCUGUGCGCCUGGACUAUUGACUUGGAUCGGUUUUAAAUUUUCAUUGUGAGAUCUGAGGGAAUUAUUUAAAAAGUGAAAAGAGGAAGUUGAAAAAGAGACUGAAUCUACUGGAAAUGAAAAGGUAAUCGGGAGUUUCAAUGAUUUGAUGAGACAUUGCUGCUGCACCCCUUUUACGCAAAAGAUAUUUGGACUAUUAAAUGUUUUCCUGCCUACAAAACAUUUCUCAUCAUAAACCCCCUUUUUUAAUAUUCCUGCUUACAGUUUGAUAAGCAGAUAAUUUAACCAAAUAGGCACGACGUGAAUAUCGACCCCUGUCAGGUCGGGGCGGUGAAAUUCACACUGACUUUUCAGCUCAAUCACUCCAUCUGCGCGGAUGAUAAAGAUUUCUGCGGACUUGAGUCUCUGCCGCAUUUUUUCUCCUCCCAUUUUCGAUUAGAAAACAUGGACACUCUAACAUAUGAAUCGGACCUUUUCUGCCUGUUGAGAGCUGCACGGAUUUCAGCUGCUAAGUUCCCUCUGUGAGAAGAUUCAUCAUGUUUUUACUAUUCUGUCGCCCUCAGUGUUUCUGCACCAGAGGAUGUGUUCUGCUCGAGAAGAAUUAGUAAUUUGUUAGAAUUAGUACCAUCUGCAUAGAAAUAAUCGGUCUGACUUAUUUCUUUCACUGAGAUGUUUCAUCUGCGCGUUUUAGUCUCCUAUUUUUGACGCGCAUCCUUGUGCGUAAAUCUCCAGAAAACACCAAAAAAUCAACAGGUUCAACAGCCAAACAAGCAAGAGAUGGAAUCAAUACAACUAACAGCCGUUUUCCUAUUAUUGUGGGUUGGAACUGACGCUGUUAUUAACCUGAAAUAUGGAAUAAACGAGGAGAUGAAGCCCGGGUCAGUGAUUGGAAACGUUACGAGGGACGCGCUCAAGCAGGGCUUCCAGAUUGCGCCGCAGCCUCCUUAUUUGAGGGUUAUUUCCAAUUCAGAACCGCGAUGGGUGGAACUCAGCCCGGCCGGGAUUCUUACCACCCAGAUGAAGAUAGAUCGGGAUGUAGUUUGCAGACAGAAUCCGAAGUGCAUUAUUUCCCUAGAAGUGAUGUCAAACUCCAUGGAGAUCUGCGUAAUCAAAGUUGAAAUCCAGGAUUUGAACGACAACGCGCCCCGAUUCCCAACGAGCCACAUUGACAUAGAGAUUUCUGAGAACGCAUCCCCCGGUACCAGGUUUCCCCUAGAGGGUGCGAGUGAUCCGGAUUCGGGGAUCUUUGGAGUUCAAUCUUAUUCCAUUACUCCAAACGAGCUUUUCGGUCUUGAAAUAAAAACUAGAGGGGACGGAUCAAAGAUCGCAGAGCUUGUUGUGCAGAAAUCAUUAGACAGAGAGACCCAGUCCCACUAUAGCUAUGAAAUCAGCGCAGAGGAUGGAGGAGACCCUCCAAAGAUAGGCGCAGUCCAGUUAAACAUUAAGGUGAUAGAUUCCAAUGAUAACAACCCCGUUUUUGACGAGCCUGUUUACACGGUGAAUGUGAUGGAGAACUCCCCCGUCAACACAUUAGUGAUAGACCUGAACGCCACGGAUCCUGAUGAGGGCACUAAUGGAGAGGUUGUGUACUCGUUUAACAGUUACGUCACCGAGAAAACCAGGGAGGCUUUCAAAAUUGACCCCAGGACGGGGAUCAUCACUGUGAACGGCGUGUUGGAUUACGAGACCACGCAGAUCUACGAAAUUGACGUUCAAGCCAAAGAUCUGGGUCCCAACUCCAUCCCCGCGCACUGCAAAGUCACAGUAAAUGUGAUGGACACGAACGACAACCCACCUGUGAUCAGCCUGCUCUCGCUGAACACAGAGAUGGUGGAAGUGAGUGAGAACGCACAGCGGGGCUAUGUGAUUGCGCUGGUGAGGGUGUCAGAUAAGGACUCAGGAGCCAACGGGAAAGUGAAAUGCACCCUGCAGGGGAACGUCCCUUUUAAGCUGCAAGAAUAUGAAAGCUUCUCCACCAUAUUGGUGGACGGGAGGCUGGAUAGAGAACAGAAGGACACCUUCAACCUGACCAUCCAGGCUGAGGACAGUGGCAUCCCACAGUUACGUGCCACCAAAUCUCUGGUGGUCAAAGUUACAGAUGAGAAUGACAAUCCACCACAUUUUCUAAAGCCGCACUAUCAAGAAAUGGUGAUGGAGAACAACCUUCCAGGUUCCUGUCUCUUGGCGGUGUCAGCAGUAGACCCUGACCUGGGCAUGAAUGGGACAGUCUCAUAUUCCAUAGUUCCUGGUGAGAUUAAGCACAUGGAUGUAAACACGUAUGUGAGCAUAAACCCAUCAGGCCGCAUUUACUCAAUGAGAUCAUUUGAUCAUGAAUAUACCAGAACGUUUGAUUUCAAAGUCCUAGCAAGAGACAACGGUAACCCGUCCCUGUCCAGCAACGCCACCGUUCGUAUUGUGGUGCUGGACGUCAAUGAUAAUACGCCUGUGAUGACAAACCCUCCGCUGGUCAAUGGGACGGCAGAGGUCUCCAUCCCAAGGAACGCUGGAGUGGGGUACAUGGUGACCCAGGUGAAAGCUGACGAUUACGAUGAAGGGGAAAAUGGGAGGCUGACUUACACCAUCUCAGAGGGCGACAGGGCCUUCUUCGAAAUCGACCAGGUGAACGGAGAGAUACGUUCCACCAAGAUGUUUGGGGAGAAUGCCAAGUCCACCUAUGAGGUCACAGUAGUGGCGAGGGACCAUGGCAAGCCCUCCCUCUCUGCCUCGGCCUACAUUGUGGUGUACGUCUCCCCAGACCUGAACGCCCAGGAUCCCAUUGGACCCGUCAACUUGUCUCUGAUAUUCAUUAUCGCCCUGGGCUCCAUUGCUGCCAUCCUCUUCAUCACCAUGAUCUUUGUGGCUGUGAAGUGCAAGAGGGACAACAAGGAGAUCCGGACAUACAACUGCAGUUUCUUCUACUUGCGCAGGGUGGCAGAGUACUCCUACGCCAACCAGAAAAAAUCCAGCAAGAAGAAGAAGCUGAGCAAGAACGACAUUCGCCUGGUGCCGCGAGACGUUGAGGAAACAGACAAGAUGAAUGUGGUGAGUUGCUCAUCUCUCACCUCUUCGCUCAACUACUUCGACUACCACCAGCAGAGCCUACCACUGGGCUGCAGGCGCUCCGAGAGCACCUUUCUCAACGUGGAGAACCAGAACUCACGCAAUGCGGCCCCCAACCAUGGCUAUCAGCACACGUUCACAGGGCAGGGUCACCAGCAGCCAGACCUCAUCAUCAACGGCAUGCCGCUGCCAGAGACUGAGAAUUAUUCCAUUGAUUCCAGUUAUGUGAACAGCAGAGCCCACCUCAUUAAAAGGCCCCCAUGUAGCACAUCAACGUUCAAGGACCUGGAGGGCAACAGUCUGAAGGACAGCGGCCAUGAGGAGAGCGACCAGACCGACAGCGAACAUGACGUCCAGAGAGGACACUAUGUUGACACGGCUGUCAAUGACAUGCUGAACAUGACCGCCCCCCCUAAUGUUUGCCAGCUGCCAGACCAAGAUCCUGGAGAGGGCUUUCACUGCCAGGACGAGUGCCGCAUCCUAGGCCACUCUGAUCGCUGCUGGAUGCCUCGGGUUUCUGUCCCUGCACGUGCCAAGUCACCCGAGCACGCACGUAAUGUCAUCGCCCUCUCCAUCGAAGCUACCACUGUUGAGGUGCCGCACUAUGAGGACGGCACAAUCAAGAGGACUUUUGCCACCUUUGGCAAGGAUGGGCCAGAUGAUGUUGAACGGGGAGAGAUAAAAGGGAAGCGGACUCAGGAGUCACAAGUGUGCAGUCCUAAGGCCAACGGAGGGGCUGUUCGUGAAGCUGGCAAUGGGCGUGAGGCUGCCAGCCCCAUUACUUCUCCCGUGCAUCUGAAAAGCCCGGUGUCCAAGGCAUCAUCUUCCUACAAUACACUGAAAUGUCGCGAUGCAGAGCGAAUUGCAAACCACAGUCUGCUGCGACAGCCUGAAGGAAAGGACAGUGAGCCGGCUGUCAGGGAGAUCAACACACUCCUGCAUGACGGCCGAGACAAAGAGUCCCCAAGUAGCAAGCGCCUAAAGGACAUUGUACUUUAGCAAGCAUCUUGACGACACUCCAACAUGCACACACAUAUACAGUGUAAACUCACAUAUAUAUAUUUACCCCGCAAUAGCUGUGUGUACACAGCCAGGCUAUGGAAGUGUAAAGACACACCAAUUUGCAGAAUCCAAAACUCCAGAUCCGGCUUGGGCUGAUGAUGAUGAACUGUAGUAUGCUGCAGUUAGUUGUGUGCUCAAGACCAGGUAGUGGAUGUGGCUUUGUAGUCGCAGUACUUUUUACUUGUUUGCUUUUGUUAAUUUUCCUUUCUGUCAGAGUUGAGUAAACAGGCAGGAUACUGUUGACUGCAUGGAUGCGGCCAGUGGAGCUCCCCCCGCCCUUGAGCCAAAGCAGGACACUACAUGUUUGGACACAUGCGGUGCCAAUUCCUACAUACAGUUAUGCCUUUUCAACCACUUUUAUAUGAAAAAACUGACAUUUGCCUUCUUUGGUUUUGCAGUAAGUUUUAGCUGCUAAAAUCGCUCUUUAUUCCUUUGAUAGUGAGUUUUGACACUGUAAUAAACAACCACAGAUACUUACGCAGGAUUCAUCCAAACACUUGUUGAUCAUUUGCUCCUUCAUGGUGCAUUCAGGAGCAUGAACAACAGUCAGUCACAUUUUCAUAUGCCUGACUUAUAAGAUAAACAUUUUGCUUUGCCCUUGAGGACAACCUGGUAUCAUCAGACUGUGAGGUCUCUAAAGUUUAUUUUAUCAUCGAUUGAGCUAAAGGAGCACCGCCUGCCAAGCCUCUCUGAACACCGGAACUGGGACAGACCGAUAUUUGUGUUCAGAACAAGUUGUAUGAAACAAAUAAAAAGACUUUACUGCUUUUGAAAUCUCCUGUGCCCAACCUUGAUUGUAGCCAGUGGAGCACAAAUUAGAGCUUUGUGCUUUUGGUCUUGUACUUUUUUUGACUUUUGACUAUGGGGCUAGGAUAGAAGGGAUCGUCACUCAUGUCUUGCUAUGUGAAACUCUGUAUAGGGUUUACUAUUAUAAUUUUUAAUAACCUGUUGUUAUGUGACAAUCCCUUUAAUGUUUUGUUUCAAAAGGAAAAAAAACAAAUAAACAUUGGUGUUCAACUGAAGCUAUGGUAGCGUUUGUUACACAAACACGAAAAUAACAAAAAAACAUAUAUGCGAAAAUAUAUUUUAUAAAUAAUUUAAAAUGUAUAAUGAGAAUAUUUAAUGCCGUGUAGUUAUUUUAUGAGUAAGUUAUACUUGAAAUUAACUUGCUUUCUGUUCAUUUGUCUUUUGCUUUUAUAUGAAUCUUGAUUUUUUUUUCUUUUUUAUGAAAUUGAAUUUUUUUUUGUUAUUUGCUUACUGUGUGAACCCUGGCAACCGUUGACUUGCAGUCUACCUUGUUGUAAAGAGUUUCUUAUUGGUCAGUUCUUGUGCCAUCCAGUUUCUGUGUGGGCUACUAGAAAACAAAAAAAAUACAAAAAAAAUAAGAAAAAAAGCAAUCUCAGCACCAACAUUAGUGUGUCCGUCCGAUGAGCUUAGAGUGAGAUAGCAAAAGUAACCAAAACUGUUGUAAAACCAACGCCACUGUCUGCAGGAUGUUGAUGAUCCUAACUAUCUCACGAGGACUAGGCUGUUACAGUUUUACACCUUUAACUCCAGCGUGUACUGCUGGACUUAAAUUCAAAUGAUUUCCUGACACACAGACUUGCUUUAAUCAGCAUUGCUGUCACCAUACGCCGUGUGUUCAGCUGAUCUCCAAGAUGAGGUAGAGUUUACAGUGAGUGGUUGUCACAGGGCUCUUUCCUCCAAUGAGCACCACACAACAGACUGGGUGUAAUCAUGUAAGAAUUAGCAAAGAUCAUGGAAGAUUCACACUGCACGUCAGUGUUGUUUCAUGUUUCUUUGCAGUGCACAGUAGUAUACAAUGUGGAAGUCAAUGAGUGAAAAUGGACAGUGCAUACAACACACUAGAUCCUGUGGCUGAAUGUUUUACUGGUCUCACCCAUGCUUCUGGCAACAUAAAAAUUGGAAUAAUCACUGAAUGUAUACAGCAGCUUAUAAUUAAACUAUUAAAUGUG